AUGGAACAGUCAUCAGAUCAGUUAGAGGGCGCUCAUCAAGCUUGUCAUCCCCCAAAUGACGACAUUACAGAUGAAGCAUCGCGGCCUGAAGAGAAAUUCUCGCUUGGAAGACAGGGCACCCUCAUUUUCAUAGCUCUUGCUAUUCUGACACUUAUGGUUGCUCUUGACAGUACGUCUAUUUCUGUUGCAUUGCCUAUUAUUUCCAGUGAUCUGGGUGGCACAACAGUGGAAGGCUACUGGAGCGGAACCUCUUUCUUGCUAUCUUCGACAGUGUUUCAGCCAACAUUUGCAUCUCUGUCCAACAUUUUUGGCCGGAAGGCUUUGACCUCCGUAGCCCUGGCAUUUUUUCUGACUGGCACGGUCGUUGCUGCAGUAUGUCACAAUGUUACAGAGUUGCUCAUCGGACGCUCUAUUCAAGGAGUCGGUGGCGGUGGUCUCAUUGCACUAUCAGAGAUCAUUAUGACUGACCUUGCGCCACUCCGACUUCGUGGACUGUAUUUCGGAUACCUUGGAGCGGCUUGGAGUAUUGGGUCUGUUACAGGCCCACUUCUUGGAGGGGGAUUUGCUCAAAAUGUCAGCUGGAGAUGGAUAUUCUACAUCAAUUUGCCUCUUAUCGGCAUCGCAGCAGGUUUAAUCUUCCUUUUUCUGAAAUUAGUCCUUCCGAGGGAAGGUUUCAUGCAAAAGCUUCGACGCAUAGAUUACUGCGGUACAAUACUCCUUGUCAGUGCCCUGACGUCAACCCUAAUCCCGCUUACAUGGGGUGGGAUUGAGCAUCCCUGGAGUUCAUGGAAAACAUCUGCACCACUGACUAUCGGACUGGCUGGGUUGGCUACAUUUGGAUGGUACGAAUAUUACGUCGCCAAGGACCCAAUGAUCCCAAAGUCCGUUUUCCGGGACAGAACUAAUUCAGUCAUGUACAUCUGCACUACCAUUCUAGGACUUCUCCUCUGGUGUCUAUUGUACUAUCUUCCUCUUUACUAUGAGGCAGUACAAGGCUAUAACCCGAUCCUCUCGAGUGUUGCGCUGUUUCCAGAGACAUUCACGAUUGGCCCUAUAACUACAAUGACCGCCCUGAUUGUCACCAAGACCGGCCGGUAUAGGUGGGCGAUCUGGUCAGGCUGGAUAAUUACUGUCCUAGGCCUAGGGUUGCUUUGUCUGCUUCAAGUAGACAGUACUAUCCCCCAGUGGAUCUUCUUGAACAUUGUCCCUGGCUUGGGCCUUGGUCUUCUGGUGACAUCUAUGGCCUACGCCAUUCAAGCCUCCACAUCAGCAGAGGAUCUUCCAAUGGCCGUGGCGAUGUUCAGUUUCUUCAGGGGCAUAGGUCAGACUCUUGGGAUUGCAAUUGGGGAAGCCGUCUUUCAAAAUCGCAUGAAAGUCAAUCUUAACAAGUACUUAAUUCCUCAGCACUCGAUAGAACUGUAUAGCAAAAGUGCUAUCAGCGCGGUCCAGGCGAUAAGAAUGAUCACCAAUCCAAAGACGAGGGAAUUUGUGCGACACGCUUACACCGAUAGCCUACGCGAUGUAUGGAUUGUUUGCUGCGCAAUAGCCGCGGUUGCACUUUUGCUGAGUUUGUUCGUCAAAAGUCAUGAUAUCAAUAAGAAGCAGGAGACCGCCCAAAGGUUGAGAAAAUGUUGA